CAUGGCUCCGCUGCGCUUCUCGGCCAACGUGUCCUGGCUGUUCCCCGAGCUCGCGGGCCUCCCCGCGCGGCUGCGGGCGGCGGGCGGCGCGGGCUUCGAGGCCGCCGAGGUGGCCUGGCCGUACGCGGAGUCGCCCGAGGCGCUGGCACGCGCCGCGCGGGACGCAGGGCUGCGGCUGGUGCUGAUCAACACCCCCCCGGGAGACCAAGAGAAGGGAGAGAUGGGGCUGGGGGCCGUCCCGGGGAGACAGGCGGCCUUCCGCGAGGGCCUGGAGCAGGCUGUGCUGUACGCCAAGGCUCUGGGCUGUCCCAGCAUCCACCUGAUGGCCGGUCGGGUGCCUCGUGGGGCUGACCGAGCAGCCGUCCGAGGUGAGAUGGAGACAGUCCUUCUGGAGAACCUGAGGCAUGCAGCUGCAGUUUUGGCCCAGGAGAACCUCGUGGGACUGCUGGAGCCCAUUAACACCCGCAUCACUGACCCCCAGUACUUCCUGGAUACCCCUCAGCAAGCGGCAGCCAUCUUACAGAAGGUUGGAAGACCCAAUCUCCAAUUACAAAUGGACAUAUUCCACUGGCAGAUCAUGGAUGGGAACCUGACGGCAAACAUCAGGGAGUUCCUGCCCAUCGUGGGACAUGUGCAGGUGGCACAAGUCCCAGGCCGAGGGGAGCCGGGUAGCCCUGGGGAACUGGACUUCUCUUACCUGUUCCAGCUGCUGGAAGAUGAAGGCUACCAAGGCUUUGUGGGUUGCGAAUAUCGGCCUCGAGAGGUCACUACCACUGUCUUGGCAGGAGACACUGCAGAGGGUCUGAGUUGGCUACGUUCAUACUGGGACACACGAGGUCGCCCACGGGCUGAUCUGCACACCACCGGCAUGCAGUGAGGGUGCCGCAGAAUUAAAGACAACCUGCUGACGUUUUUAUACGUGUAUAUUACAGAUGUGGGGACACACAGUGUCUAAGACUUCAGUAUCUGGGUUGCUUCCCUCCCAUUGAGAAAGGACACAUAGCUCAUGCUCAAAUCCUCCAGUUAAUGCCAGGGUUGCUGUGGCUACAGGAGCUUUUGAGCCCUACUUCUCAUCUACAGAUGAGGAAUCAAGGGUUAGAGAAUAGGCGUGGGGCUUGAAAAUGGUACACAGGUCACAGGUCACAAGUGCUACAGAGGCAGAGCUGGGAUUAGAACCAGUGUCUUAUCUCGAUGGCAAUUUCCAGUAGUGAUGGCUAAGUGGGAAUAAAGACCAGAGGGCCAAGGGUGCAAGUGGCUGACAGUGACCAGACUGAGGCAGGAUUCAGGCAGAGCUCUAAGGGGUGGUGAGGACAUGCCACCUGGUGUGAAGAACUCCUGGUAUGCCACCCACGGAGGAAGGCAUUCUCUUCUGGAGAGCCCAGGGGCCUCUGGAGCCCGGACUGUUCAGUAGUUGUAUCUGGGGAGAUCCCCAGACACAGUAACAACUCUUCAGUGUUACUCCCCGUCUGAGCUCACUCUGGGGCCCAUAAGUGCUGGUCAGUUUUGACUCAACGAGUAGUGAAUCAGUGUUCCAGUUCUUCAGAGGAGGCGGGUCCAGAGGGUGAAACAGGCGGUGUUGAUGACAGACUCCAAGUGGUGGUAGGUGGAGACCAGCUGGGCAGGGGGGCUCUCACUGUCCUGAGACUGCACUGGGAAGGGCUCUCGGAAAACCACUGUCAGAGACUGUGGGAACAUGAUGGGGUGAAGUGGUAAGAGGAGGCCACAGGAGGGGACAGGAGCAGGGCUCAGGAGGAAUGUGUACCCGGCCUUGGCAAGCUGAACUGGGUUGGGGUAGUCUGCCACUAAGCCCCUCGCCCUGCUCUCACCGUCUUUCCCAAGUGCGAGUCCAGAAACACGAGAACAAAACAGUCAGUGAACUUCUGAUUUAGCACAACCUGCAGCAACAGAUGAGAUGAGACGAGGGAGUGAGCUUCGUGUAACCUAGGGGACAUGGGCCUCUUUCUGGGCUUGUGGAGAUGGCAGGCUGAGGCCUCCUCUGGUCACACCCCAGCUCAUGUACAUGUUCACGCCACUCAGGACUGGUGUUGCCAAACUGAGCCUCAGUCUGACUGCUGGAGCCCCCGCAGAGUACUUCCAGAGGGUACGCCCACAGCUUGCCAUAGUGAAGCCAAUAAAUGAAUUCCAUGGCAUGA